CAACAGCAGAUGGAACUGAUAUGACUGAAAUCCCGCCAGCAACGGCGACGUCUGCCUGCCCGAUCAUCCCAGAGGUGAAAUGUACAGAGUGUCUUCAAAAUACUACACUCAGCAUGCCUGUAUACGGGGAAUGCCAUGACUGGAAACUGGCUUUUAGUGUCGUUUUACCUUCGCUCCUUUUUCUUCUAGGACUACUUGUUUUGAGUUACAUCAGAUUGAAGCGGCGAAGUAAGGAUAGCCUUGGACCUACGGAAAUUAACGCCAGCCCGUGUACAGUUGCCACCAUACCAGCGCCACGCAAUGUCUAUGUUGAAUGCAAUGACAUCGAAAACUCUUAUGAAGAGAUAGAACAGAAAGGCCUUCACAUUCAGCUCUAAACAGGGAGGAAAUCGUAUGAAUGAUAUAGCUGAAAUACUUUCUAAAUUUAGGAGCUCUCUGUCUUUAGGCCUAUUUCGUUCUUUCUUUCCCUUUUCUUUACUUCUCUCUUUCGCUCAUUAUUUUUUACCAUGCUUACAAUGGAUGGUUCUAUUUAUUGGCAACUACACCAAAGAUAUCAAAAGGGCGAGAUUGGACUCUAAAGCGCAUAAUGAAUUUCUGAAUCACGUACAUGGGGGAAGGGCGCCGGACAGCGUUGAGUAU